CUCUGAGCAGGGCUGCUGAGUCCCAGGUGUGAGUCCUACUGUGCCAGCAGUCUAUGCCUCCAGCAAUGAGCUCUGCGCUUUCAGAAUUUUUGAGAGAGCUUCCUGGUACGUUCCUGUUCUUGGGGAUCUUCCUGCCUGUGGCUUUGCUGCUGUUCCUUCUCAUUGCCUACUUUAGGAUCAAACUGAUCGAGGUUAAUAAAGAACUGUGGCAGAUUGCUGAUUGCCAAUACAAACUCAAGGAUGGCUCUUCCUGUACCAGAGAAAGGAACAAACACAAAUGCUGGGACCCAUCAAAGGCUAAAGCACAAUGAAUAUCUACAUAUCACCGAGCAAUGGUUAACCAUUUAGCUAAAAAGUUGGUUGCUAAACUAGAACCACAGCAAA